AACUAGCUUUCGAAAUCGAUCUUCGACACCACCUUCCAUCACCAUCGACCGCAAUGGCCGACAACAAACCACUCAUCGUAAUCCUCGGCAUCAACAGCCGCCAGGGCAGCUCCAUCGCACGCCAUUUCAUUCGCCACCCCCACAUGCAAAUUCGCGGCAUAACCAGGAACAUCCUCUCCGAACGAAGCCAGAGCUGGGCGGCACAAGGCGUCGCAAUGGUGCAAGUAGCCGACCACCGAGACGAGGGCGCGAUGGAGGCAGCUUUUCGGGGCGCGACAGGUAUAUUCGCGGUCACAGACUUCUACCGCCAUAUAACUGAACACUCGACGCUGUCCUUGGCUGGAGUGUGGAAGAAGACCCCAGAGGAGAUCGCGGGGCAGAGGGAACUAGCAGAGGGCAAAGUGAUGAUUGCCGCCGUGGCAGCGACAGUCAAAAGCCUUAGACUCUUUGUACUCUCGAGCCUGUGCCCCGCGUACGGCGAGGCCGAAGACACACGCGGCCUCCAGCAAUUCCACAGCAAAGCCAAAAUCGUGCAAUACAUGGAAACCAACUACCCAGAACUAACCGCGCGGUCAAGUCUACUCAAGCCAGCGCUGUACAUGGAAGAAUGGACCAUAUUCCUACGCUGCAACCCCGAAAACGGACACUACACGUUCGGCUCCACGGUCCCCGCGUCUUGUGCCUUGCCCUGGACAAACAUCACAGAUGACAUGGGCACGCUGUUCAAUCUGUGCAUGGUAACACCACGCCGCUUGAACAUAGCAGCCAUCUCGGACAUAGUAUCUGGUGCCGAAAUAUGUACCCUCUUCACUGAAAUCACCGGCAUCCCGUGCACAUAUGUGCAAUACAGCGAGGAGGAGUUGGCGAACAUGCUCGGUAACCGAGGGCAGAUUAUCGUCGAUAUGCUUGCCCACAUCUUUCGUAAACGGUAUUAUGAGGAGCCGGGCAUUCAGCUGUCGCAUCACUUGUUGAAAGAUCGGCCGGAAGUGGCGGAUUUCAAACCCACAACGUUCGCGGAGUUUAUGAAAGCGGAUUUGACCCGGAGCGUUAAGAAGAAACAGGGUAGCGGGGGUGAGGAGGUGGGGAGUUCGUCGGGUGGCGAGGAGAUGAGCGAUGGUGUUUCGCACUAAUUGGCAAUCGAGCUACGGGCAUAAGAGGAGCGCAGGUGAGGCAUGGUAGCGAAGGACUUUGUCUUGAGACGAAGCAGAUUUUGGAUGCGGAGGGAUCAGGAGUCAUGAAGGGAGAGGGGAUGGAAAUGAGUUAGCAAAGCCGCAUGCUACUGCAAAGAUGGCAUGGACAUAUGCAGACCUGGUAACUUCGCUUCAUAGACUAUUCGUAUCGAGAUGGGCUAGAAUGGAUCAAGCGAUCUAGAUUAACGUCUAAUAUGCCUGCAUUCUGGGAGGUUCAGAUAGUGUGUAGAGUACCCUAAGAGACGUUUUCAAAGCUG